CGGAGAACUAUAAUUAAUAAUAUAUAAGUAAUUAUAUAUACACACACACAAAAUAAAUGCGCGUAUCGCGCGCUUGUAAUGCUUUAGUAUUUUAAAUUGCGAGUAAAAAUGCAUUUGCGCGUAUACCACGAGCAGGAAUUGCGAGGAAUUCGAUCCGCGCGAUAAUCGAGACAAAGCGAUACGAAAUACGAAACAUACGAAAUGGCGGCUCUCAAGGAAGCGGUGUUUUCGUACCGCCUCGUUUUCACGUCGCUGUCACAAAAGUGCAAGCAUGUCGUUCCCAGUGCGACCGCGGUAUCGAGGAAAAAAUAUUCGACCGCCGUAGAAAAUGAAGAAAAAUAUGACGUUAUCAUCACCGGAGGUGGCAUGAUCGGCGCGACAUUAGCAUGUGCCAUAGGAAAUAAUCGAAGAUUGGAAGGCAAGAAAGUCUUGCUAUUGGAGAGUAGUGCUAAACAAGAAUACACACCGCAGGAGCAAUAUUCCAAUCGAGUUGUCGCUUUGAAUCAACAGACUCGUACCUUGUUGUCUAGUUUAGGAGCAUGGCAACACAUAGAGGCAGUUCGUUAUUGUACAGUACGGAAAAUGCAGGUAUGGGAUGCGUGUUCCGACGCUAUGAUAACAUUCAACGAGGACCAUUUGUCGGAGGAUUUGGCAUACAUAGUUGAAAACGAUUUGCUGUUACACGCAGUCAACAAGCAGCUUUCUCAGAAAGAGAAUGUAACUGUGAUUCACGAAUCUAAAAUCACCGAUGUAAAACUCCCGAAGACAUCGGCCGAAUUCGCCUCUGUACAGCUACAAUCAGGAAAGCAGUACGCAGCCAGAUUACUAGUAGGUGCCGAUGGCGCUAAUUCGAUAGUGCGAAAAACGAUGGGUGUGACCUAUCCAAACUGGCAGUAUAAUCAAUUAGGCAUCGUUGCGACUCUCAAACUGUCCGAGCCCACGGAGAAUGUCGUCGCUUGGCAGAGGUUUCUCCCAACUGGACCUAUCGCGUUGCUUCCGUUGACAGAUUCUCUCAGUUCGCUUGUAUGGUCCGUGACGACCGAGAGAGCGAAAGAACUGCUGAAAGUCUCGGAGGAAGAGUUCGUCGACAAUAUAAACGAGGCAUUGUGGCGGGUCUAUCCAAAGAACGGCAUUGUCGAGAGCGGAAUGCAUGCGCUCCGCCAACUGCUCGCGAACUUGUCCCUGCAGACUGGCGUGUCCAGGCAAUUGCAACCCUCCGUAGCAGCCAUCGUCGAAGGAUCGCGGGCGGCCUUUCCCUUAGGUUUCGGACACGCUGCAUCUUAUGUUCAACAGGGCACAGUGUUAGUCGGGGAUGCGGCACAUCGAAUCCAUCCCUUGGCCGGUCAAGGCGUGAAUCUAGGUUUCGGCGACGUGACGGUGUUGACGCAGAUCCUUGCCGAGGCCGCCGUGAAUGGCUGUCAUCUCAAUAAUAUACAGUAUUUGAGGCAGUACGAGACGCUGAGACAACGUCACAAUGUGCCAACGAUGCUCGUUAUCGAUGCGCUUCAUCGGCUUUAUCGGGGCACCGCAGCUCCCGUUGUUCUAGCUAGAAGCCUGGGCUUGCAAUUGACGAACGCUAUACCGCAAAUCAAGAAAAUGAUGAUGGAACAGGCCGCAGGAGGGACGAUCGUUAAAUGUUAACUCGGCGAGUACAAUGUACAUAUCAUUGUGAUAUUAACCACCCCAGAGUAAUGUAAAAGAUACUUUACAUAAUGUUUAUUAUUUAUAUUCAACAUAUGUAUUAUAAAUUGUAAUUAUUAUGAAGAUAGGGAUAUUAAACUGAUAUUUUUUUCACACAAUUAUAUGAAAACAGAUAAGUCUUCAAAGCUAUUGCUACUUUUUACAUUGUACUACAUAUGAAAAAAAUGUACUUUGUAAUAUAUACUUUUUAAGUUAUAUUAUUAGUAAAACCUAUAUAAAAAUGUGGCAAAAAAUGAAUUUUUCAAAUGUAUUUGUAAUAAUAUAUUUCAUUCUAUAUGAAUAUAAUCUUUUAUUAAAUUGCAUCAAAAAUUAUAAAAUAUGAAAUUCAUGUCACAUAUUCCACUUUGAUUCACAUUUUUUAAUAAUUUUAUAACUUUAAUACAAAUGUACAAUUAAUUUUAUGUAUAAAAAUUUCUGAUGCAAAGCAUAGUUUAAAAGUUGUGUACUUGAGGAAUGAUAAUUUCAAUAUACAGAGUAGAUAC